UGCCGCGGUGGAGCGCCCGGCGAGCCACCGAGCAACCGUCUGAGGCCGGGGGCGUCCGGGAGAGUGGCCCCGCUCGGCCUGUCACCAGCCCCAGGUUUUCGCAGAUUACUUGAUUGUUUUGGUAGGACUACAUUUCACUUUAACUGUUGGAAAUUUAACAUCCAAAUCGAGAUAUACUGAAUCUUGGGAAAGCAAAAUGAGGCAUAAUCAGCUGUGUUGUGAGACACCACCUACUGUCACUGUUCAUGUAAAAUCUGGGUCAAGUAGAUCACAUCAGCCUAAAAAACCUAUUAACCUGAAGCGUCCUAUUUUUAAAGAUAGUUGGCCAGCAUCUGAAAAAAAUGUGCAGAAUAGCAACAAGUCUAAACGCCCCAAAGGACCCUGUCUAGUUAUACAGCGUCAGGAAAUGACUGCUUUCUUUAAAUUAUUUGAUGAUGAUUUAAUUCAAGAUUUCUUGUGGAUGGACUGCUGCUGUAAAAUUGCAGACAAGUAUCUUUUGGCUAUGACCUUUGUUUAUUUCAAGAGGGCUAAAUUUACUAUAAAUGAGCAUACCAGGAUAAAUUUCUUUAUUGCUUUGUAUCUGGCUAAUACAGUUGAAGAAGAUGAAGAAGAAUCCAAAUAUGAAAUUUUUCCAUGGGCUUUAGGGAAAAACUGGAGAAAAUUGUUCCCUAAUUUCUUAAAGUUAAGGGACCAACUCUGGGAUAGAAUUGACUAUAGGGCUAUUGUAAGCAGGCGAUGCUGUGAAGAGGUUAUGGCCAUUGCUCCAACCCAUUAUAUAUGGCAACGAGAACGCUCUGUGCAUCACAGUGGAGCUGUUAGAAACUACAACAGAGAUGAAGUUCAACUGCCCCGGGGACCUAGUGCCACACCGGUAGAUUGUUCACUCUGUGGUAAAAAAGGAAGAUAUGUUAGACUGGGAUUGUCUUCAUCAUCAUCUUUAUCCAGUGAUACAGUAGAGGUGAUGGAAAAACAUUCUCAGGAAUCACACAACUCAAUGAGCAAGAUAGUUGAGCCUUCUCAAACUUAUAGCUAUCCUCAAGUAGCCAAUGACCAUCAAUCAAACAAAGAAAAGAAAACUAAUUUCAUGAAGAAAGACAAAUCUAUGGAGUGGUUUACAGGAAGUGAAGAAUGAGAUGGCUCAACU